CCCCUGCAUUAUCCAACCAUUAUGAGAAGACAGGUCUGCGUCAUCAUGAUUAUUUUGGCCUGGAUAUGCUCCUUCAUACACGCUACAACUCAGAACGCUCUGGUCUUGAAACUACCCUUUUGUGAAUCCAAUUUAAUCGAUCAUUAUUGCUGUGACUUGCAACCUUUGCUAAAGCUUGCCUGCAUGGACACUUAUAUCAUCAAUAUACAGUUGGUGUCUAAUAGUGGGGUAGUUUGCUCAAGUGGUUUCUUGCUCCUGAUGAUCUCAUACAUUAUUAUCUUACAUUCACUGAGAAACCACAGUGCAGAAGCAAGGAGAAAAGCCCUUUCCACCUGCACCUCUCACAUCAUCGUGGUUGUCUUAUUCUUUGGUCCAUGUAUAUUCAUAUACACACGACCGCCGACCACAUAUGCCAUGGACAAGAUGGUCACGGUGUUUUAUACCAUUGGGACACCCUUUCUCAACCCACUCAUCUACACACUGAGGAACAAAGAAGUGAAAAAUGCAAUGAGAAAGUUAUGGAGUAUCAAAAUUACCUCAGAACACAUAUGA